AUGGAGUACUGGCAGCUGCGCCAGCUCAAGAGGCCCAAGGUGGGCAAGCCCUUCUUCUGCCCGGGAUCUCCCGACCCCCCACCGGUACAGCUGCAAGACAGUGUCUGGGAAGGGGGUCUGGCCUGUGGGGAAUCACAGGAAGCCAAGUCCCAGGCCCAGGGGAAAGCCAAUCUUCACCCAGAAGCUUUCCCGCUGCGAGACCUUCCCCUCCGGCUGCCCACCGUGAAGCAUCAAGUCUUCAACAUCUUCCGGCACAGAAGCCACCCCCACAGCCCCCAGAAACUGGUGGGCUCCUCUUCUGGCAACAGGCAGGGUCCUUCUGCAGGCCACCCUGCUCUGGGCUUGGUCCAGUCUCAGCCUCUCGGGGCCGGUGUCAUCCGGCUCGAACCCCAAGGAGAACCCGGCUACCCUGGAAGCGCUCCGGAGCAGCAUGACAGGCCCCGGCCAGGCGCCUUCUUCGGCAGCCACAGAACCCCAAGUCUCCGUUACCUCCGGGGCCCCAAAUGGCCGUGUCAACGGCUUAAGUGGCUAUCUGCCGGAGAAGAGCCCCCCAGGCUCCACAGGCUGCUGUCGGGGCAACGGUUCUGCAGGAAGCCGGCAGUCAUCCCCGUGCUGCCCCCGGGAAAGCCCAUCUUCUCACCGUGGCACCACCCGCUGCCCUGCUCCCUGGAUUGCCCCGGCUUGCCGCCCCACAGCCACCUGGAGAGGCUGUUUUUCAGCUUCCCGUUGGCCCAGCAGAUCUCGUUCCUCUGUAGUGGACUCCUCAGCUGCGUGUACCUGCGGGGGCCCAGUUGCCCCGUCCCCGUCUUCCAGUGGCUGUUCCAGCUGUUGGUGUGGCCCUCAGACACUUCAGUGCGAACAUUUCAAACCUUGUGGGACCUCAGCACCAACAGCAUCUUCCAGCAAACAGGUUAGUAGAGCGGGGUAGG